GCACUUUCCUACUCCGGGACUCGGCGCAAGAGGAACAUCUAUUUUCUGUAUCGUUCCGUAAAUACGGACGUUCUCUGCACGCGCGCAUCGAACAUUACCAGCACAGGUUCAGCUUUGACUCGCACGAUCCAGCUGUCUUCGCAGCGCCGACAGUCACUGGAUUGAUUGAACAUUAUAAGGAUCCAGCUUGUGUGAUGUUCUUCGAGCCGAUGCUGACGGCGCCUCUUCCUCGCACCGAGCCCUUCUCCCUGCAGCAGCUCGCGAGAGCUGUCAUCGUCUCACACACAACAUAUGAUGGUGUGGAACAGCUGCCGCUGCCGGCGCGGCUGAGAUCAUUCCUCAAGGAGUACCACUACAGGCAGCGUGUGCGCGUGCGCCGUCUCGAGGCGGACGUCUACCUGCCGCACUGCUAGCACUGCCCACCCCCACACCCACCCCCACCCCCACAUCACACUUUAUCAUAGAUAAAUCAUAACGAACUUCUUAAAUAUAUAAGAACUGAACUUUGGAUACGUCACGUGAGCGUUGGUGGCUCAGGAGUUAAGCAUUCGAUUUGUAAUCUGUACCUCCUAGGUUCGAAUCCAUCGUGAUGCUGCACAUAUCUGUGAAUGUCAAAGAUAUGUGUGAAACGCACUGGUCCAGCAUUCAAUAUGACCUAGUUAACUUAGGGUAACGAGACCCUCAGUGGGGACGUAUAGUGAGCUGAUGAUGAAGUCACGUGAUAGUGAAGUUUGUUAUAGAAUUGCUUCAGAGUAAAAUAAUUUUGUUUAACCCUCAGGUUAUUAGAUAUGACAGUUUUAUCUUUGUUAAUUUUAUUUAUUAUAAGUUUAAAUCCGAUGGAUCACUUAGUUUCAAUAUGGCGAAGGCACAAAAUAUUACGUCUUAUAGCAAGUCUAUUUAUAGAGUUUAUAUAAGUGGUGGUAUAUUGAUGAUGUAAGCAGACUAGUAUUUCCGAUGUCCUGGGAUUUUUUUUGGUGUCAGGAAGGAGGAGUCCAUAAAUUACGUGAGGUGUUUUUUUUUGUAAUUUUCUGCUCUUUCUGCUCCUGGUGAGAUGUCGUGAGAUUUUAUUCAACCCCAAUCUUACGUGAGAUUUUUCAAAAAAUGAAUUUCUUAACACGUUGGUUUGUUAUUGUAAAAAAAAAUAGCGUGAUAUUUGCCGGGACCCCCCCCCCCUCUCUCAAACGUAAGAUUAGAUGAGAUUUGACUCGACCCCCUUCCCCCUUAAACACCUCACAUCAUGGACGCCCCCGAAGUCUUCCAAAGAUAGGGUAUUUUAUGUGUCCUGACGCCCUUUUUGUAUCUGUAGCCCAGGGCUGUCGCCCCAUCUCGCCCUGCCCUUUACUUGGUAUGGAAUACAAUUAGGGCCUUAAAUAGAUCCAAACAUUCUUUUUAUAUCUUGAUUUAAGACGAAACGCGGAUUAUUGACCUUUUUAAAUCGCGAGCAUGUAUGAAAACUUUAAAAUCACAGCGGAUUUUCGACACUGGCGUCUACCUCUAUCAAUUUAAAGCGUAAUUGUGUCUUAUAGUGGCUUUCUGAGGCUAAAAUCUACGUUUGAAACAUAUUAUAUCUGUUUACUUAUAGUUUGUUCUCAGAAACCCACAGUUAGUGAUGUCUAUGAGGUAUCAUUGUUCGGUAGUUUGAAUUCGAUAGUAAAAUUUGGAGUUUUUGAUAAUUUCAGUUAUUUUUUUUUUAUUGGGUAGUUAAAAAUCGAAAAAUCUACGAAAUUAUCUAGACAUUUGUAUAUAUAAUUAAGUAUUUCUAAGUCCUUA